UGUCACACUGACAGCUCAAGAGGAGAGCCUGGUAAUUGGCAUUUCCGCGGAGGGGACAUGCACACUGAUCAUCAGGGCCCCAGAAGUGCCACCUGUCAGUGUCCAUCAGUGCCAGCUGUCAGUGCUGAACAGUGCCCCGUGCCAGUGCCCAUCAGUGCCACAUCAAUGCCACAUAUCAGUGCCUACCAGUGCACAUCAAUGCCACAUAUCAGUGCCCAUCUGAGCUGCCUUUCAGUGUCACCCAUCAGUGCCAGUCAGUGCCACCUAUCACUGCCAAUCAAUGCCACCUAUCAGUGUGCAUCAGUGUCACCUAUCAGUGUGCAUCAGUGCCACCUAUUAGUGCCAGUCAUCAGUGGCACCUAUCAGUGCCAUAUAUCAGUGCUGCCUUUCAGUGCCCAUCAGUGCCAC